AUGGCUCCGUGGUGGCUCCCGGCGUUUGGGCUGCUUUUUGUGGCUGCCGGCCUCUGGCUGCUCUGCAGGCUCGCCUGCUGCGAUGAGGAGGAGGACAGCACGGAAGAGGAGGUGGAGGAGGACGAGGAGGAACAGUAUGAUGAUAAGAUGUCGUCCCGGACAGAUGACUCUCGACCCUCGCGAGACUCGUCUGCGUAUUGGGAGGAGGGUCGGCCAGGCGACGCACGGGAGGACCGCGGAUGGCUUCUGCUGGUCUCGGGCUUUGUCUUAACUUGGCUGCUCGCAGUCCUGGUGGCCUUGCCAGUGACCGCGAAGCUCCUCGCUUUGGCCGCUCCUGGCUGCUUGCUCGGGUUGCUGGUGGCCAGGGACGUGGGCAAAGGCGGCGACAAAUGGAUCCUGGUCCCAACUGCCCUUCUCUGGUUCUGGUUGGCGGUGGUACCUUUCCUCGACGAUGGCCUGCUCUGGAAAUGGCUCCUGCUACUCCCCGGCCUGCUCUCCGUGGCUGCCGGCGCCCAUCUGCUCCUGAGGCGUGUGGAUGCGAGCUACUCCCUGCUCUCACACAUGGACCCGGAUGAAGGCGAGCCCUGGAGGGAGUGCGGCUGGCUCCUCCUGGUCAUGGGCGUGGUAACGAUGUGGCUUUCAGUGCUGCCCAUCCUGCUCCCCGUCACCGCGCAGCUCCUCUUCGGAGCCAUCCCCGGCAGCUGCUGGGGCUUCUGGAUGGCCCUUUACCUGCGAAAAGUGAGCGACAAGCGGGUGCUGCUGCCAGCCACCCUUCUGUGGCUCUGGCUUUCGGCGCUACCCUCUCUGGGCAACUUGGCCUGGUGGCGGCUGGCCCUCCAACUUCCGGGCCUGGGACUCUGCGCCGUCGGGGUGGCCAUGGCAGCGCAGGAGCCUCGAGCAGAAGGCGACGUGCAUGUGGGAGAAAGUGACGAGGAAGCUCGUGAAAGGAAGGCCAAGGCCCGAAAGGUCGCUGGGAAGAGCUUGGCCUGGAGCUGGGGCGGCCUUUGGGUUUCUUGGCUGCUGUCCACGGGCUCGCUCCUGCCCAUCUCUUGGCCUCUGGCAGUUGCCGCACUUCCCGGCCUCGCCUUCGGGCUCUUCCUCGUGGGAGUGGUCGCCAUACAAGGGGCCCCGCCUGAUGGUUUAUUCUGCAUCCUUCAUGCGGGUUUCGCGUGGCUCGGAAGCCUGCCGGUCCUUGUCGCCGCGGGCAGCUGGUGCCUUUUCCUUUUCCUGGAACUCUUCGGCUUCACCACUUGCGCUGCUCAUGAGCAAGGAUACUGA